CAAGAGAGAGAGAGAGAGAAAACAUUUUUGGUUUAAAUUAAGGAAAUGGCUGCUGCAAAAGGGGUUGUAGUUUUUUCUACAUUUAUGUUAUUUUCUAUUUUGUUUCAUUGCAGCGGAGUUCAUGCUAGACUUCCUGCCAUCUAUAGAGUUGGAGAUGGCUUUGGUUGGUCUCCAACCACAAGCAUGGAAGUUUGGCCCCAGGGGAAAAAAUUUUAUGCUGGUGACAUACUCGUGUUCAAGUAUGAUGACCAGUUAUAUAAUGUGGUGGUGGAUGAUAAAGAAGGACAUGACACAUGCACAGUUUCGGAAAAGUCUGUGACAUAUGAUUCAGGAAAUGACCGGAUUGAGCUUGUUUAUGGACACAAUUACUUCAUCUGCGGUAAUCCUGAUGAUUGCCAAGCUGGCAUGAAGAUGGUUGUCUAUGCGGAGGCCCCGCCGCCACUCCAUUGAAGCCAUUAUAUAUAUGUGGCGCAUUUUAAGGAUAUUAUGUAGUAUGUGCUUGGAGAGCACAAUCUCAGUAUUAUUUGUGCUAAAAUCUAAGGAAGGUGUAGUUCUUUUUUUGUUUGGCAUAUUAGGGUUACCAAAAAUGCAGCAAUAAAAAUUUAAAUAUUUUGUCUUGUCCUCA